UUAUACCCGCGAAUGAGUGGUUUACCAGCAUGAAAAGGUUAAGUUCUACUAUGGGAGGGACUCACGCUUUUAGCCAUUUUUCUGUUGCACAAAUCCUCCACUGGUCUCAUGGAGCUCAAGGGAGAGGUGUUUUAUUCACUGGAGAUAUCUUACAGGUGGGGAUGGACAACAAAACAGUGGGGAUGGACAACAAAAUAGUGAGCAUAAUGAGAUCGUAUCUAAACUAUAUACCACUCUUGUCAAGCCACACUAAAAGGAUAGGCCAGGUGAUCGAGCCAUGGGAUUUUGGGAGGCUCUACGUUGUGUUUCAGGACAGAGAGGAUGACGCUGCUUAAGCAUCACAAUUAUCGAUUGACUCUCAAGUAAUGAAUCAGACUGAAACUCGAUAUGCUUUUCUGAU